AUGACCUGUGGUUUCUUCAUCCUCUGCGUGCCCUGUGUGCCCCGGAUUCUGAAGGAUACCGGGGUUUUACGGAAGAUCAAAAGAGUGGUAGGUAUGAAGACAACGAACACUUCAAAGCGGGACGCGGGGACCGGCCCCUCGAGCAACCACAGCAGGCUGGCGGGAAGCACGAUCGGCAAUUCCUACUACAAGCUGGACAACCUGAAGUCGUCGUCCGAGUCUACGGAGUAUCUACACGGCGGAGUACGGGAUGCAGGCAUCACACGUACCACUCGCAUCGCUGUUAUGUCAGACCCUCGAAAUCCGAAUGGGGAGGACAAGACUGCAGGCGCUGCAGCGGUAACGAACGAGUUCUUUGGGUAUAUCCCGAACACCACGAACGACGUGGGUCAGUACGAUGACCUGGUGGUGGGACUAGUGGAGUACGUCCGCAGCCACGGGCCGUUCGACGGAGUGAUGGGAUUUUCGGAGGGCGGGACCAUGGCAGCUCUGCUACUGAUUGAAGACGCCAGGAAUUCCUUUGCGGGAUUUAAAUGUGGUAUCUUCUUUAGUGCUGCCGUUCCUUUCGACCCGGAUGUCGUCCGUACCAGGCACCUGCGUUGUAUUGACCCAACCAUUGAUGGGGUGGUGAUCCAUGUGCCUACGGCGGUUAUAGUUGAGAAAAAUUUUGGUCGUCUACGGCAUCUUUCGCCUCUGGACAAGUUGUGGCCCGAUGAUGAGGAGGCCUUGGUCUCAAUUUGCGCGGAGUCCUCGCGCGAAGUGGUUCGGCAUGAUCUGGGGCACCACGUUCCCGGAUCCGCGUCGACGACGGAGGGGUUGACAGUAACCUUACAAGCCAUUGAAAGGACAAUUGAGCGAGCUAGUGAGCUGUACAGCUAG